AAAAAAAGCACACUUUCACUUCGUGGACCCAUUUGUCCCUCUCAUCCUCUCCUUCUCUCUUGCUCUCCUUCGAACCCUAGACAAACAAAAAUCACGCAUUUUGCACUAUCAAAGAGAGCUUAAAUUUCGGAUCUCUCUCUCUCUCUCUCUCACACACAGCUGUCGCUUCGAGCAAACUAGGAUGAGCAGAGAUCAUCCUCCUGAGCCUCUUGAUUUCUUCAUCUGGACUGUUGAGGAUGUCGGGUCUUGGCUCGAGGAGAUUAACCUUGGGAGCUACCGCCAGAUUUUCAAAGAAAAUGGUGUCAAUGGAGAAUAUCUAGAAAGCAUGUCUGUGUUUACAACCGAACAGAUCCUUCACUUCAUAAGGAGGCAUCACAUGAAGUGGGGAGACUUCAUCACCCUCUGUAAAGAACUCAGAAGGAUUAAAGUGGCUUGCUUGAAAGGUGAGCAAAGAGUCCGACGGCCGUGGUGGGCACCGUCUUGUCUCUCGGUAGUCUUUGUUAAGGCAGCUAAACGCAACCGACAGUCUCGUGUUGUAUCUCUAAAGCUUGAAUCUUGACAUUAAACUUUGGCUGUUUUAUGUACGUACUUGUCUCUCUUCUCUUCUCCUCUUAUUUUUCUUUUUUUUCUUUGGUUUGGGUUUGUUUGUGGCACAUGCACUAGGAAGAAACAAACUCAAGCCAAAAAAAGCUGUUUGGCUUGGUAAAAUCUUGCAAGGGAAAACAAAAUUAUGCGUUUUUGUAUUUUGGUGUAUACAAAGCUUUGCUCUCAGAUACUUAACUGUGGCUUAUGCAAUAUUUAUGUGACAGAGUCAGAU